UGUUCUCGCGAGAGUCCACGUGUGGCCGGAGAGGCUGGUGACCUCAUCGGUGGCGAGAGGCGGAGCGAAUCACUGCAACUUUGGAUGAACUUCUGAUUUGAACAAACCAGAGGCGGCAGGCGCAGUGCACGGCCAACGGAGCCAACGUUUACACACGAAAAAAAAAGGACUGGACGUUAUUUUGGACUCGAAAUCCUUAUGUGCAAUACAUUUUUUUUCCCUCGAUGAACAUCAGCGAUCGACUGGCGAGAGUGUGAAUUUGUUUUCCUUUUCGACCACACAAACGAAGUGAAACGGUUGCAAUGAGGUGCUGCGAAUGAAAAGGGCGAAAUGUGUUUUCAAGGGUCGUCACUUCUGUCUGUGGGCAUGAUGUUAAACCCGAUCUAAAAUUCAACAAGACCCCACCUGUACCCUCCCAAUCCCCCCCUCCGGACAUCAAUAAUGACCAGUCUCAAGCGAUCCCAGACGGAGCGCUCCGUUGGAGGCUCGGUGCCAGCCACCGAUGAGUUCUACACUCGCCGUUUGCGUCUGCCAAACGGAGGGGCGCCGCCGCCCCGCAGCGAGAGUGCUCACAUUUCUUCCUCCUCCGCCACCGGCAACAACCCGGGAGUCCCUAAGAUGGGAGUCCGGGCUCGAGUGGCUGACUGGCCCCCGAGAAAAGACGGGGGUGCAGGAGGUGUGUGGCACAUCACAGUGGAAACGGACUCGCCCAGCUCCACGACCACGAGCUCCUCUGGAUCCGGAAGCGGAGAUCGAGAAAGACUUGUGGGAAGCGGCGGCGGUGGAGGAGGGGCCGUCUCAGCCGUCACGGCUCACAGUAAUUUGUCGGCCAAGCUGGGGCAUCUCAUCAGCCCUCAAGACUCGUCCAUGCUCCGCAAUAUCCAGAACACGCUGAAGAACAAGAUGCAGAUGAAGGGAAAGGACAACCGUUUUUUGUCACCCGACGGCUAUCUCGGGUCACCCCGGAAGGGGAUGAAACGCAUCCGUCAGCGGAGUAACAGUGACAUCACGAUAAGUGAACUGGACGUGGAUGGUAACGAGGGCUGGUCUUUCUCCGGGUGGACUCCCAUGCACCGGGAGUACGGCAGCACGUCAUCCAUAGACAAGCACGGGGUCUCGGGCGAGAGCUUUUUUGACAUGCUCAAAGGAUAUCAGUCAUCCGAGGCCCCCGAUCAACGAAGUCCCGCGCCGGAAAGGCUAACCGAGCUGCUUACUGUUGCACCCGUGAAACAGACCGCCCUGGAUUUGCCCGACGGCUCCUUGGGAGUCGCCAGAGGCAGUCCCGCCAGUCGUCUGAAAGAACGAGAGAAGCACUUGAAAAGGAGGUCCAAGUCCGAGACGGGCGGAGAGUCAAUAUUCCGCAAAUUGCGCAGCGUGAAGGUAGAGGGGGACACUUCGAGGGCCGGCUCGGAUGCCGAGGACGGAAGUAAAGGGGAUGAGAGUUUACCCCCUCCUAAACCGUGGAUGUGCCAAAAAGGCUUUGCCCAUUUCGACAUCAAUUCCUUACUCUUUGACCUCAACGAGGUCAUCCAAAGCCGGCAAUCGGGAGCCAAACGUAAGAACACCACGACGGGCGCCUCGGCCGCCGCCGCCGCUUCCGCUUCGGCCACGUCGUCCCUCUCCUCCAGUCAGAGCGCGGUGUAUGGAUCACCCUGCGGCUCACAAGAAGAACUGAGCAAGGAGGGCUUAGGAGGUCAUGGGACCAACCCGGCCUUGGACCCGGGUGACGACAAGAGCAACGACCUCGUGCUCAGCUGCCCGUGUUUCAGGAAUGAGAUCGGCGGCGAGGGUGAGAGAAACAUCGCUCCCGCGAAACAGCAGGGCAGCAUCGGAAGUGGCGGCGGCUCCGGCAAUUCUAGCAGCAGUCCGGAAGAAGGCCCGUUGGAGGCCACGCUGACGAGCCAUUUUACCAAUGCCGGCGUGGCGGUCCUGGAGGCCACGAAAGACGGCCCCAGUCAACAUGCCGAUCGGUCCAAAAGAUACAUCGUGGAACAUGUUGACCUCGGAGCCUAUUACUAUCGAAAGUACUUCUACCUCCGAGAACACUGGAACUACUUAGGAGUGGACGAAAACUUAGGCCCCGUGGCGGUGAGUCUCAGGAGGGAGAAGUUGGAGGAACACAAGGAGCACGGACAGCAGUACAACUACAGGGUCAUUUUUCGAACCAGUGAGUUAAACACCCUGCGCGGCUCCAUCGUGGAAGAUGCAGUACCUUCCACGUCGAAACACGGUUUAGCAAGAGGCCUGCCCCUCAAAGAAGUCUUGGAGUACCUGGUGCCCGAGCUGAACGUUCACUGCCUGCGCCUGGCACUCAACACGCCCAAGGUCACCGAGCAGCUGAUGAAACUGGACGAGCAGGGGCUAAGUUUCCAGCGCAAAGUGGGAGUGAUGUACUGCAUGUCAGGCCAGAGCAGCGAGGAGGAAAUGUACAACAACGAAUCAGCCGGUCCAGCGCUGGAGGAGUUUCUUCAUCUUCUCGGGGAGAGGGUUCGACUCAAAGGCUUUUCAAAGUACCGGGCCCAACUGGACGCCAAAACUGACUCAACGGGCACUCACUCCUUGUAUACGACGCACAAGGAUUACGAGCUCAUGUUCCAUGUGUCCACCAUGCUUCCUUAUACGCCCAACAACAAACAGCAACUGCUGCGGAAGCGCCACAUCGGGAAUGACAUCGUCACCAUUGUAUUCCAGGAACCCGGGGCGCUCCCGUUCACCCCCAAAAACAUUCGCUCGCACUUCCAACAUGUCUUUGUGGUCGUGCGGGCGCACAACCCUUGUUCUGACAAUACCGCCUACAGUGUGGCCGUCACCCGCUCGAAAGACAUGCCUUCAUUUGGACCCCCUAUCCCGGAGGGCGUGACCUUUCCCAAGUCCUCCGUGUUCCGGGACUUCCUCCUGGCCAAGGUCAUCAAUGCGGAGAACGCCGCCCACAAGUCUCACAAGUUCCGCGCCAUGGCCACGCGAACACGCCAGGAGUACCUGCGCGACCUGGCCGAGCGGCACACCACCAGCACGCCCAUCGACCCGUCCGGCAAAUUCCCCUUCAUCUCACUGGCCCACAAAAAGAAGGAGAAGAGCCGGCCGUACGCCGGAGCCGAAAUGCGCAGCCUCGGAGCGAUUACCUGGCUGGUCCAUGCGGAAGAUCCGGGGACGGGAGGAGAGAUCGAUGCCCUCCUCGCCAUCUCCAACGAUUUCCUCAUCUUGUUAGAUCACGAUGCCAAAGCCGUGGUUUUCAACUGUGCCACCAAAGAUGUGAUUGGCUGGACGCUGAGCAGUCCGGCCUCUUUAAAGAUUUUCUAUGAGCGAGGAGAAAGUGUGUCGCUGAGGAGUGUCAGCAAUAACACGGAGGAUUUCAAAGAGGUGCUCAAACGUCUGGAGUUCCUGACAAAAGGCUGCGAGACGUCUGAAAUGACACUCCGUCGAAAUGGCCUCGGACAGCUCGGCUUCCACGUCAAUUACGAAGGCAUCGUUGCUGAGGUGGAGCCGUACGGCUACGCGUGGCAGGCGGGGCUGCGCCAGGGAAGUCGGCUGGUGGAAAUCUGCAAAGUCGCCGUCGCCACCCUGACUCACGAGCAAAUGAUCGACUUGCUGCGGACCUCGGUGACCGUGCGCGUUUCCAUCAUCCCGCCGCACGAUGACGCCACACCUCGCAGGGGCUGCUCGGAACUCUAUCGCAUGCCUAUGGCCGACUACAAGAGCAGCAGCAGUGACAGCGGCUCCUUUGAAUACAAGUUCCCCUUCCGCAGCAACAACAACAAGUGGCAGCGCACAUCCAGUAGCCCCCAGCAGUCGCUGACUGCCUCGCCGCAGCCCCACACGCCCAACAGGGCCAUCAGCCUGGGCAGUUCAGUGGGCAAGACUUUGUCGGCCGAGAGGCUCGAGAGGGGUGCGGUCAUCCCACGCAGUGUCAGCAGUGACGGGCGCCCGCUGGACACUAAGAGGAUAUCUCCAGGCGGCGAGAGCUACAGCCUGGUCUCCUCUCUGGCUCUGGGUCGCUCUCCUCACAAUCGCAGCUCUCCCAGUAACCUGUCGUGUUCCAGCGACGCCUCCGGCGGCUCGGCUCACUGGAGACAGAAGUCCAUGCCUGAGCAGUUCGUAGGGAGUCGCCACUCCCCGAUGUCGAACGAGAGGCAGGUUGUCGGAGAGGGCGGGUCAAGUGGAAAGUCCACCCCCAACUGGUCCCGAAUGGAGGAAGGAGCGGCUGAACGAGCGUCGACAGAGGCUCCAGUCUCCAAAUCUGCUCAAAGCUACUCCGGAGGGCCCCGCAUUCAAAGACAGGAGCAGGUCAUCCACCUGUCCCCAAAGAAGAGCAGCCAGUCGGACGGUCCUUACUCUGGCCACUCCAGCAGCAAUACUCUUUCGAGCACAGCUUCCAGCGGGGGCCACAGCGACAGCGAUAAAUGGUACGAAAUGGGCGCCGGCGGGGGCUCUGGCGGCGAGCAAGGCGAGCCGGAGCCCAACGGCCUCGGGGGAGGCGGCUACCUCCAGGGAGCCUCGGCCGACAGCGGCAUCGACACCAGCUCGUACGGGGCCUCGCACCACAACCACCCGCACUCUCAUCACGGCAGCACCACCUCCCUGCUCGCUCCCAGCGGAGGUCGAGAGAGUAGGGAUCGGUCGCCGUGGCAUAGCCCCACGGAGGGCGGACGCAGAAUGUUGGAGAGGUCGCCCGCAGCCGCCGAGUCGCCCGUUCCUCCGGUUGAAAGGAGCCUCGAUAGCACCGGACGGACGCCUCCGACGCAUCUCCUCGUUCGAGACAGCAGCACCUUCAGUCUGAGUGACGGCGGAUCUCACUCAAGGUCGGUCCGUGUGAAAACGCGGCUAGAGGUUCAACGCUUAUGUUUGCUUGCAAAAACGUAUCCGCCUUUCAGACACGGGUCGCCCCGGGAAGAGUCCUCCUCAACCACUUCGCCAUCAUCCCAGUCUUCGGUGUCUCCUGGGCCAAAGAGCUUUUACCCUCGCCAGGGAGCUCAGUCCAAGUACCUGAUAGGCUGGAGGAAGCCCGGUUCCACCAUCAACUCGGUUGACUUUGGAGACACGCGCAAGAAAUCCCCAGGAGAGAGUGCGAUGGAGGCCAUCCCGACUCCUGCUGCCAGGCCUUCUUUGAGGGACAUGCACUCUCCACAGCCGCACGCUAAGUCUACGAUUGAAGAUGAUGUGAAGAGGCACCCUGCCAAGGACAGCCCUCUCCCACCACGUAGACAUAAGGAAAAGCACGCGCAGAAAUCCCCACCGAGCCAGCCCCCCAGCCGCCGUCGCUCACUCCAUCGCACUCUUUCCGACGAGAGCAUCUACCGCGGCCAGCGCCUUCCUUCUCUGACGGAUUCGAUGAUGGAAGCCGCGCUGGGCGCCGACGUCCUCUUCAGUUGCUCCACUCUCCCGCGCUCGCCCACCACCCGCGGCGUGCCACUUCGACGGCCCUCCUAUAAGCUGGGAGUCAAGCUGCACGGAGACCUCUCGGCAUCCGACACGUCUUUGGUGGAUUUGGUGGAGCGUCAUCGUGGGCCUCUGCCUCAGGAGCUCAUGCCCCUCCCAUCCUCCGAAAGGGACAGCCCACUUGACUGGACACACCUUGUGGAUGUGGCCAAUACGUUUGACACUGAAAGAAACACACACUACGUCCAGAGAAGUUACGUGUUUGGGGAUUCCAACCACCGAAGUAGUGGUGCCUCCAGUCCUCAGCAGAGCCACAUCGAGCUACAGCCUGCUCCCAUGUCCCGGCCCGCAUCCAGUGAGGGCCACAUAGGACUGGAGAGGAAAGUGACCAAGUUGGAGGCCAUGGUGAAGAUGCUCCAAGAGGACCUGAAGAAGGAGCGUGACGAGAAAGUGCGGCUUCAGGCUCAGAUCAAGAGGCUGUGGGAGGACAACCAGAGGCUUCAGGAAGAGUCUCAGACCUCGGCGACGAAGCUCAAGAAGUUCACCGAGUGGGUCUUCAACACCAUUGACAUGAACUGACACUCCUCCAGGCACGUGAAUGGCAGUCCCGGUUUAAAAUCCCACUCUGGUCACUGAUUGGCUGGACACGACAGUCGCUCAUCUGGUUGCCCUCCCUUUUCGUCCACACACAGUAUCAAGAAAGGGAAUUUACGCCCCCUCCUGUAGACUGGAGGUACCACGGCUUCCGCCAGCUAUUUUACGCUUGAACAUAAGCCGUUUCCUGACCCGCUGUGAUCCCACAGUGGAUGGAGACUUUCAUCCUUCCUUUUUUGUCAGCUUGAAUUUAUGAAAGGAUUUUCUUUUUUUGGGGGGGGGGGUGCCAAAUCCAACCCAGCAGAGGUUAGCUGAGGUAUUUAAAUGGCUUCAGUGGAUUUUGUACAUAGAGAAUGCAAAAAAAAAAAAAAAAUCUUGCAGGCUCGACCACUUGCUGUUCACUGGAACACACUCAUAAUGAGCUGCUUACCCACCAAACUGUGGGGAAAGCUUUUCACAUCCCCUCAACGGAGAGCAAUUAUGUUUGAGGCUGGAUUUAAAAAAAAUUUUCCCCCCCUGCGCAGCACCGAUUGUUUUGAAUGCUCCCCAGGGCUUAUUGUUUUUCAACCACUAAUGCAGCACUGAAAGGGAAUUUUCGUUUUCUUUUUUUUUUUUUAAUGUCAAUCUUAUUUCCUCCGGGAAGUUAACAACAACCAAUCCGUCCUCGAACCUCCCCUCCGACAAUAGGAAUAUAAUUAAAAGCCAUCGGCAGCGGUGCCACGCCAUAACUUCAAGACUUCUAUCUGGAGUGCUUCGUGUCCUAAAAGCAAUAGGAAGAAGAUUGGAGAGAAAUCCCUUGAAAGAUCAUAAAACAGUACUGCCAGACAUGAGCCUCUAUCUCCUUUUCACUUUCAAGCAGUGAACUUCCUCCCGUGACAAAGACGUGAGAAUGCUCUGGAAGAAUCUGGGAUAGCGGUAGCCUUUUUUUUUUUUUGCGGGGGGGUGGAAAGGAUGACUAUGAAGGGUUUAUUUAUUUCCUUGUAUUAUAAUUCCAGUUAAUAAGUUGCUCUAUUCGUACAGUCCAACUGACAUCAGUGUUUAGUUCGUCAAGAAAAAAAAAACUCCGAUAUAGAUAUCAUUUAAUGGCUUUAUUUCAUAAUCCUGGCUAAAGCCUGACUAUCUGCAUUUUAAUUCUGUGUUUGGCUGUUUCGUGGCCUGCUGUCGUGUUGUUUUCAGCGCCCUCUAGUGAUUUCCAGUGCAACUACUCAUGGUUAGUCGACGUGCCGCCACUUUGUACAAUUUGUAUUUUUCGUCUCAGAACAAUCGCCGGGAGGGCCGCGUAAAAACAAAACAAAAAACGGUGGCGCGCCAAACGCCAAUCAAAGCGUUUGACUGACAAUCAAAGGUGGACGUUCGGAUGAAGCGAGCUGACCUUUCGGCGCGCUGUAUGGGUUCACUUGCAUACUUUCCCUCAGGUGUGUGAACGUGAGGAUGCUCAGAAAAAAAGUUCCAAGGGUAUUUAACAAGAGAAUUAUCUGCGUUUGGAUACAGCAACAAAAACAACUGUAGAGUGUGUGUGCAUUGUGUGUGUGUGUAUGCAUCAUAGCGUGAAUGUACGUCAGUCUAUCCAACUGUGCCUCCAGUCACUUAGGGUCAUUUAAGGUCACGUGCCUUUGAAAAACAGCAUCUGGGCAACACAUGAAAGCAAAACACCCCUCUUCAUCUUAACUGUUCAACACACUAGGUGAUGCCAACACACACACACUCUUUAAAAAAAAUCAUAUGAUUGUCACAAAGAUAAUUUAGUCAGAACACAUCCCAAAAAGUAGCAGGAUGCAAUGUGUAGAAUAAGAUGCUUAAACACGUUGCUUAUAACACCAACCAUUCCAAAGAGCAAAACAAAUAUUUCCCUCCACUCGUAUAAUGAACACCAAAUUAUCUUAGCAAACAAUGGACACACACAAACACUGUGGCAGUUGAGUGUGCACUAAAGUCAAUGAGGAUUUUUGGCCAUUUUAUAUUCAUAGAAACAAAUAAAGUGACCGUACAUUGUGAAAAUGUCACUUUUCCACAACUAAAAUUCUCGCGAGAGCCUCAGCCAUUAAGAGUGGGAACGAGUGCGCGUGCCUUUUAACAUUUAGUUCCAUGCAGCGUGUCCUUAAACCAGCUAUAGUAAACGUAAUUUAUUUUCUUGCAGCACAAUGACUAAUUUAUUUCAGCUAAUUGUCAGACUGCAACACAAAACACAGUUGCUGCUUGAUUAGUAACAUACGGUUUGACAUCGCCACCUUUAGAAUCUCGCCUACUGAAUUUAGAAUUGAUGCAUUUCCAACCUGACUGCGCAGGGCUCCUGGGCAUGAAUGUAGAAACUGACAGGCCUAAAUUAACGUGAUGUUUGCAUAACAUACAGGUGCAUGGAGCUAAAUUAAAAUCGAGUAGAAAAUAAGAUAGCAGAUCAAUUCAAAUAGUCAUUAUAUAGAUUUGUGUUUUGUUAGCCGAUAAAGAUAAUACAAAUUCUGUUCUUGGGUGGUGAAUCUAAGAAAUCUUCAUGUUUAAAUUGAACUACUGAAACGUUUUUUUUGUCACAAUAUUCAAAUUCCUUGAAAUGCACAAGUAGGUUUAGCUCAAUUCCAUUUUGUAGAGAAGAGCAAAUUGCAAAUAAUGGUUCUGUUUUAAGAAUCUCGAAAUUGAUUCCAAAUGUUAAUUGCUUGCCAGCCUAACUGUAUUUAAGAUGACGGCACGCUAUGAAGAAUUCUUUCAAUCAUCCAAAACUGUGAAACAAAAAUGAAAUGCCGCAGCCCAAAAUUGCCCAGCCACUACGGUGAAGAAUUGGCCCUUUCCAAAUGCUAAAUAGCUAAUAAUCCAUAUUUUAUUUUACGUACAUGCAAAGUGCUCUCUAUUUUUUGUACUUUGAAUGAUGAAAGGCUGAGUGAUGAAAGUGUAUUGUGCAACUGUUUUUCUUGCAUCCAUUCAAUCCAGUCUGUUUAUUUAGUCCAAUUGUCUUCUCUUUUUUUUUUUUUUGCGUGCCAAUGUGAAUUGCUCGGACGUUCCACUUUUGUAAAGAACCUUUGCACAUAUUUUUGUCAAAUAGAUGGAGUUUACAUAUUUUGUAAAAGAGUGCGGGAAGGAUCCAUCCAUUCUGUGCAAUCUUUGUUCAUGAGAUGUGCUUUGCUGCUCUUCGAGUUUUGUUGUUAUUGCGGUGUCUGACCAACAGGGGGAGGUGCUCGACUUUUCUCCAAAAAGAAGUUCAAAAAAAGAUAAAAGAAAAAGCAAAGCAAAUGCCAAUCAGUUUCUUUCCUGAAGCCAUCCAGGUUGAUUGGACGAACGGGUUUGAAAUUAAUUCUAUACUCGUUCCAAUUUGGUUAAUGUUUGCAGUAGAAGAGUUUCGACGAGUCAUGAUGUAAAUGAUCACGCAGGACCGUAGAACUUGACAGAAUGCAAAACGCGGUUUAAAUCCUGUGUCCAUUGUAUAUGUAAACAUUCAAAAGUAUGGAAAACAGACAUUUGCAGUGAUCUCGGUAUUAAAGUUUCUGAAGUAA